AUGAGUAAUCUUAAUACUUCGGCUUUUCCUGAUAAUAAUAGAGAGACUCAUACUACACCACAUAUACAAGUUAUUCUAGCAAAACGAUCAGCAGAAAGUUGUGUUUGGUCAUUUGUUCAAAAAAAAAGCCGAUGUUGUCAAAUAUUAGUUGAAGAUGAUAAUGGUAUUAAACAUCAAUAUGAAUGGUCAUGUAAAAAUAAGACAAGCACAACUAGUAUUGCUAAUCAUUUAAGAACAAAAUAUCGAAUAAUUAAAGAAAGAUUUAAAGGAGCAGAAAUUUUACCAGAUUCAGAAAAUUAA